AUGACCAGGCUCCCCGGAGCUUCCGCGAGCUCGUAUGAGACCUCGCGAGGAGGCAUCGACCGGCCUCAAUUCCAUCGGUCCAAGUUGCCCCCCAACGCCCCCGAGAUAAUCACCCAGAAUACUGUCGAUGUAUCCGACCCUGCGCAGGUGCUGCUUUGGUAUAGGGAUGAGCGACGGCGACAGUUUAAUCUCUUGGUUCGCAGGUAUAAGAAUCAACUCCUAUAUGGUUGUCAAGAUCCCGGAUGCCAGACUCCCACCUGUGCCAGCUAUCGCAGGAGGGUGACGGAAAGCCCGUUCCGUCGGUACACCGAGUUGAGUGCUCGCACGCUGGCUUGCUAUCUGGCAAGCUUGGACAACGCAGAGAGCGGUCUCUGUCGCAAUACCCCCCAAGUGCCAUCGGAAUUGUCAGCACAAGAUUCUCAACGCCGACCUAAACGCCGCAACCGUGCGCUUCCUACGAAUGAUACAAAUCGAGACCGUAGCAGCUCAACCAUUUCGUCGGCCCAAGUGAACGCGAGAGAUGGCAGCUCCCGGGCUUCGCCGGGACUUGAAUUACAAAAGCACGGUGAAUGUCUACCAGCGGAGAGUCCAUCAAUCCAACAAAUGAAGGACCCAAAGUCUUUCACACAGAAUCUGUUCGAUACGCUGUCUUUGAGGAUGAUCGAAUGGCUGCCCUUGCGUCGCUCUCCCAGUAGUCUUUGCACGGACUCAGACCAGGCAUCCGCCCGAACCCCCUCACGAUCGCCUAAACCAGAGAGUCGUCGCGCUCAGUUCCCACCCGAUCCUGAGAAGCCGCAAAGAUGUCGAGAUCGUAGGCCUCAGUAUCACACGUCUACUGGAAGUAACCCUCAAACGCCGUCAUCACGGACUAUGGGGAGCCAAACAACUGCGGUAGAACUGAGGGUUCCGAAUCAACAGUUUAAGCGACUUUCGCUCACAGAAGUGGAUCAAUGGCGUCAAAGCUCACGGUCGAGCCUAGAGGAGAAAUCGCACUCUGAGCUGAAACCGGCCCGUAAGCUUUCAAUCAACACUCACCCAUCUCCGGACGAUCUAGUCAACAUUCCUUCGCCGCCGGCGCUGAAGCACCGUCCACAGAAACACCGUGGCAGAAUUGGAGAUGCCAACGAGACCCCCCUGUGUGAACAACGAAAGAAGGAAAGACGAGUUUCCUGGGAUGGAGCGAAACUAUUGAAUGGCGCCCAGAUUUCGGACAUCGAGAAGUCCAUCACGACACAAGCAGAUCAACCGCCAUCGGGCACAGAGUCCCCCAGUAAACAGAGUCCAAACCAUAUAGGGCUGCCGUCCAGACGAGACGCUUCGGCUAUCCAAUCUGUCACCCAUCUCACUGGUGAGAUCAUCGAUGGACUGAGACAAAUGAUGGUGCUCUCUGAGUACGAGGCCCAGAGAUGGAGAGACGAGUUGGCUUAUAUAGAGUCAACGGGCACACUGGAAGAUUCUGAGUGGCGGUUUGCGACAGCUCGCCAGCGUGAGGUGUUCGCCUUUGUGGCGCAAAGUAUAUUCUAUGCUCUGGGUAGCACAAAACAGAUCCUGCGAUCAUUUCGUCAACACGCGCCUGGCCCAACGGAGGUGGAGCAGGAUGCCGUGCCCUCCAGACUUAAUAUGCAACAACUCCAACCGUCUUUACGCAGGUUGUUUACGAUUUGCCCAAAAGAUAUUAUCUUCCAUAGCCUUUGGGCCGCCUUGGAAACGCUAUUCAUCCCACCGAAGGAGUUGUCAACCCCUAGCAAGCCAUCGCGUCGCUCAUCCUACAAUUCUGCCGCGGGGGUGCCCAUCAUCUCCCGGCCGACAUCGGUAUCGGCACGAAAUGAGCACAUCAGCGAUGCGAAUGCGGCAGAUAUUGCAACCAUCUCGUUAUUUGCCUUGGCCAGUGCCCUCCCGGAAAUCGACGCGCUGACAUGGCGCGGAGUACUCCAGAUGCGUGGAACCGGUGCGGUGGCUUCUAGCGCCGACAUGCAGAAGCUUCCUUUACAGAGUAUACGGUUGAUUGUGGAGGUUACUGACGUCUUGGAACAUCAUCUCGCACUUCGGCUCCUAGACCGCUUAGUCCGUGCUCUCACUGCGCGGCUGGCAUUCCAUGAGAUAUCCAAGUCCCGCCAGGCGUACACUCCCGAUUCUCCCAAACAACGUAAAAGCAGUGUUUUGGAUCUCUUGAUCAACAACCUCAGCGAAAGCCAGGAUCUCGUCAAAGCCCGUCUCAGCAGCCCGGACAACGUCCAAAGCCCCAGUCCCCCAGCUAUCAUUGCCGAGUGGCUCCGGACGCUUUUCCUGAAGGAGUGGGACGGCAAUCCUGAAAUGCCCAAAGGGAGUACCGUGGGUGGCGCCGUGCAGAUCCUGUCUAUGAUGUAUCAAGAACGGAGUCGGCUGGGACUCGUCCCGGAAGACUUUCACACGCCUUUUCUGUCGGAGAGGCUGGAACCGUUGGAGUUGCCCGUUGAGUGGAUGGGACGGGUUCCGAACAAUAAGACAAUGCAUUUACUAUCAUACCCAUUCCUCUUCCCUCCCUCAGCACUCGUCAUCUACUUCCGCGCCAUAAACUAUGCCGCCAUGUCCAAACACUACGAAGCUGCCACGACCACGACGAGGCAUGUGACACAGACGGCUUUUGGCGCCAUUCAGAUCCAAGAUGACGUGGGCUUGCUCGCGCGUCUGAAGACAUCCAUGUCCACGUACCUCGUUUUGGUCGUGCGGCGCGAUAACUUGUUGACCGAUGCCCUCAAUCAGCUGUGGCGACGUGAACGGCGAGAACUGAUGCGUCCGCUGAAAGUGCAGAUUGGAAUGGAGGAAGGUGAGGAGGGUCUGGAUCACGGUGGUGUGCAGCAGGAGUUCUUCCGACUGCUCAUGGCUGAGGUCUUGGAUCCACGCUACGGCAUGUUCACGAUGGACGCCCGCACCCGCAUCUCCUGGUUUCAACCUUGUUCCUUGGAGCCUCUGUACAAAUUCGAGAUACUUGGAUUGCUGGUGUCGAUUGCAGUCUACAACGGCCUCACCCUUCCGGUCAAUUUCCCGACGGCCUUCUACCGCAAGCUCCUGGGACUCAAGGUGAAGCACCUCGAACAUAUAGAAGACGGCUGGCCGGAACUUAGCAAGGGUCUGGAGGGUCUUCUGGAUUGGCAGCAUGGUGACGUGGAGGAUGUGUUCAUGCGCACCUAUGAGUUUAGUUUCGAGGCCUUUGGGAACAUCGAGUCAGUGGACAUGCAGAAAGUUGGCCGGGAUGCUCCCUGGCCUCUUCCAUCUGCGCUGUUGCGAACAGGGAGCGGGCACCGGCCUUUCCCUUCCCCUUGGUCCGACUUCCGCCGGUUCACCGACCGCAUAAGCUUGAGUCCUCCCUCGUCGAUGGCCGCGGAGGCCGCCGACUCGUAUGGCGAUCCCAUGAAAUCGGUGGAUGACUCUGUGCCCGUUCAGUCACCCACGCCACCGGCGGAAGAGGCUGCCCUGGUGACGAAUGCGAACCGAAGCCAGUUUGUCAAGGACUACAUCUUCUGGCUGACGGAUAAGUCGGUGCGACCGCAGUUUGAGGCGUUCGCGCGGGGGUUCUAUACCUGUCUUGAUCGGACAGCCCUCUCGAUCUUCACGCCGGAGGCGUUGAAGACCGUCGUGGAAGGGAUCCAGGAGAUCGACAUCACGGAGCUCGAGGGCCACACGCGAUACGAAGGCGGGUUUGGACCAGAUCAUCGCAUCAUCCGUGCGUUCUGGAGCGUUGUACGAGAGUUUCCGGCAGAGAAGAAGGCACAACUGCUGGAGUUUGUGACGGCGAGCGACCGGAUUCCGGUCAAUGGGAUACCGAGCAUUAUGUUUGUGAUUCAAAAGAAUGGGGUGGGAGAUACACGUCUUCCGACCAGUUUGACGUGUUUUGGCCGGCUUCUUCUACCGGAAUAUUCAUCUCGGAGUGUGUUGGAGGAGAAACUCAAUAAGGCAUUGGAAAACGCUCAGGGUUUUGGCGUUGCAUGA